CUUCAGCAGGAGCCAUGGCCUCCCCUCCCCCCCACGCCGUCCACGACGUGGGGACCAAGAGGCACCAUCCAGCCAAUCUGCCACCCAUCAGCGAUGCACGCAGCGUCCUGUUGGAGGCUAUCAGAAAAGGCAUACAGCUGCGAAAAGUGGAGGAGCAGCGAGAACAAGAGGCUAAGCACGAGCGAGUGGGUAAUGAUGUGGCCACCAUCCUGUCACGCCGCAUCGCCGUGGAAUACUCCGACUCCGAGGACGAGUCCGAGUUUGACGAAGGAGACUGGAUGGAAUGACGGCGGCGAGGGAGAGAACAGAAGGAAUACCGGGAGGAUGGAGGUGCCCCACCCUCCAGCAGUAUCGCAUCCCUGCACUCCACACCUCGACAUCAAAGAACCGAAACAUCGUUACGACCACCUUUCCUCUCUCUUUUUUGUUUUUUUUGUUUAUAUCUUGUCAUAUGUCUGUCUCGUUGUGGUUUGUGUUCAGUGGAGGGUCUCCACGUCGCCGUUGUCGGUCUUUCUAGUGUUCCAAGAGUCGUUUUUCUCUCUCUCUCUCUUUUUUCGAAUUCAUUCUUCUGCACCUACCACGCGACUUUGUUUCGGCUGGAUUUCUUGUGAUGAAAUCCCUCAUGUUUACUAUUGGUAUACACGAAGAUAACUUUUUUGAAGAGCCACUUGUUUUUGUUUCUUAUCUGUACCUUGAUGUUGGGGAAAAAAACAAAGAAGAAAUUUGAAAAGAACAAAUGAAGGCAUGUUGCAUCUAUCUUUAGUUCUCCAAUAUGGUUUUGCUGAACAUGGCAUUGAGUGAAUGCUGCUUUAUUUUAAUCAUCUUUUAUUUACCUAGUACAACUGAAACACUUGUUUUAACAGGCCAGUAG